AUGAGCAAUGACAAAUACGACCGACAGGUGCGGCUAUGGAACACUGCAGGACAGCGGGCGCUCCAUGAGAGCAGUGUUGCCCUGGUGAACAUCUCUACCCUUGCGGCAGAGGCGCUCAAGAACAUCGUGCUACCCGGCGUUGGCACCGUGACAAUCCUCGACGCGGGAGUCGUGGACGAGACAGAUGUGGCGGCCAACUUCUUCUACACACGGGGGGACCUUGCCAAGAGCAGGGCAGCAGUAUUAGCCUCUGUCUUGCAAGACCUCAACCCAGACGUAUCCAUCCACUACAGAGACUCCAUCCCUCCAGCGGAGGAUGUACACUUUUGGUCCCAAUUCCACUGCGUCCUUUACACCGCCGUGCCGUACCCCCUCGUAGAUGCAUCGGCUCUCUUCAACACUUGCUGGGACAUGGACGUCCCCGUAUGUAAGGUUGGCUCGCUCGGGUUUUACGCAUACUUGAAAAUACAGCUCAGAGAACAUGCCGUUGUUGAAUCCCAUGGGAACAACCUCCAUGAUUUGCGCUUGGACUUUCCCUGGCCGGAACUACAGGCGUACCUUGACAGUGUAGACAUUGACCCCAUCACAAACUCGGAGUACUAUAAGAUCCCCUUCAGUGUGAUCUUGACAAAACUGAAUCAGGAAUACGUCAAACGGCAUGGUACGUCGCCGACAACUAAACAAUUGAGAAAUUCAAUAUUGGACACCUACAAAACUAUGGACGAUCCAAAUGUCCAUGAAGCUUAUAAGAAGGCAUAUCUAAUAAUGAAACAAUCACCUCCGAUAUCGGACAACAUCAAGGAAAUUUUUAGUUAUUUAUCACAUUCACAGUCACAUGCAACAACCCAUUCUUCCACAAAUUCAUUGUACAUCUUCCAAAUAUUAGCUAAAUCAUUGAAAUGUUUCUAUGAAGAAUUUGGUGUCCUCCCUAUUAGUGGUGUUUUACCCGAUAUGGAAUCAGAUACUAAUGCUUACCUAACUCUGAAAAAAAUUUAUCUUGAUAAAUUCAAUUCCGAUAAAUCCUAUAUCCGAAACAAGGCAAUUACUUUAAUUGAUCAACAGGACGGCGAUUCCUCGCUAUUAUCCGAUGAUACUCUGGUUACUUUUGUGAGAAAUGCUAGAUAUCUGAAAAUCAUAACAGGCACAAAAAUUGACAAAGACUCUCAAAUUUUGCAGUUCUUCAGAUCUCUAGGUGAUGAAUCUCUGAAACUGAAGGCUUUGAUCUAUCUGGCGUUUCUCAUUGUUGAACAGUUUGCACGCCUUCAUGGAGACUGGCCAACAUGGAACAACCGCUCUGAGCUCCGGGCCCUAUCGAUUUCAAUCCUGUGUAAUGACAAUAACAUUGAUUCAUACCCAGAAAAUCUCGAUAAGAUACUAGAUGAGUUAUGCAGAGCUUUCGGUAAUGAGUUACAUAACAUAUCCGCCAUUUUUGGCGGUGUCGUCGCCCAAGAAGUCAUCAAACUACUAACAAAUCAGUAUGUGCCUGUAGACAAUUGUGUUGUCUUGGACGGUAUACUUGGCAAAACUUCAACGUUUAAACUUUAA